GCUCUGUCCAUAAACCCUCGUCGAACUCUUCUGCAGAAUCUAAAUGUCAGAGCAGAGCUAAGAUGACAUCUAUUAGCAGAACCUUAACAAGGUUCCGUGCUGCAGGAUCCCUAUACAUUUUUCCCGCCAAUCAUUUAGUCCCAAAGAUCUCCUUCUCCUCAGAUGCCCGUGCCAUCUGCUCCGUCUCUGAUCCCUCAUCAACAGCUCCCUCUCCAUCUCAAUCUGCAGAUAAACAGAGAGGAUCAAGAUGGUCAAGAUGGCUCCUCUUCCUGCCUGGAGCUAUCACUUUUGGGCUUGGAACUUGGCAGAUUUUUAGAAGGCAAGAGAAGAUUAAGACAUUGGAGUUUAGACAGAAGAGGUUGGAAAAGGAACCUCUAAAAUUCAAGGAGAUAUCUCCUUCAAGUGAAAGCUUGGAUUCUUUGGAGUUUCAGAGGGCAGAAUGCAAGGGUGCUUUUGAUGAAGAAAAGUCAAUUUAUGUCGGCCCUCGUUCUAGAAGCAUUUCUGGGGUGACUGAAAAUGGGUAUUACUUGAUUACACCGUUAAUGCCAAACUCUGGUGACCCUGGGAGGUAAGUGAGGGUUUUUGUGCUUUCGGCAUUACUAUAAAAUUAACUGUUAAUGAUGUGGGACACAUUAGGGGGUAUGGUGGGUUUAGGGAUUUAGUGGCUGUUUAAAGCAAAUUUAUGCUGUGAGCAGUAAAAUAGGGUUUAAAAC